AACCUGUUCACACUGAUAAAAACUGAAGGAUACCAAAACAGUGAUGAUCAGAGAAUUUUAAGUGUGAAGUGUUUUAGCAUCACAUCACUGUCCUGAAAAACAGAGCCUUGACUGGCAUAAACCACUUGUACAGACAAAGGUACUUUAAACAACAAUCAACUUUUUGUUUUUAUUUCAACUGGACAAUUUUGAUCAUAAAAGCUCCUGUGACAUAAUGCAAGAAAAUCUGAUAUCAAUGAGUAACAACUCAACAUGUAUUCAACCAUCCAUGAUCUCUUCCAUGGGCUUACCAGUCCUUUAUAUCUUCCUUUGUGUCAUUGGUCUCUUUGGAAAUUCCCUUGCUCAAUGGGUAUUUUUAGCAAAAAUAGGAAAGAAAACAUCAACUCACAUCUACCUAACACAUCUUGUGACUGCAAACUUACUUGUGUGCAGUGCUAUGCCUUUCAUGGGUAUUUAUUUCCUCAAAGGCUUUCAAUGGGAAUAUCAAUCAACACAAUGCAGGGUGGUCAAUUUUUUUGGGACUCUAUCCAUGCAUGUAUGUAUGUUUGUCAGCCUCUUAAUUUUAAGUUGGAUUGCGAUAAGCCGCUAUGCCACCUUAAUGAAAAAGGAUUCCAUACAAGAGACCACAUCGUGCUAUGAGAAAGUAUUUUAUGGUCAGUUACUGAAAAAAUUCCGCCAGCCCAACUUUGCAAAAAAACUAUGUGUUUACAUAUGGGGAGUUGUACUAGGCUUAAUUGUUCCUGUUAUCAUAUACUAUUCAGCUGUGGAGGCUACAGAAGGAGAAGAGACCAGGUGCUAUAACCGGAAUGUGGAAUUAGGAGCCAUGAUCUCUCAGAUUGCAGGCCUCAUUGGAACCACAUUUACUGGAUUUUCAUUUUUAGUUGUACUGACAUCAUACUACUCUUUUGUCAGUCAUCUGAGAAAAAUAAGGACCUGUACAUCCAUUACGGAGAAAGAUUUGACUUACAGUUCUGUGAGGAAGCAUCUUUUGGUCAUUCAGAUUCUACUAAUAGUUUGUUUCCUCCCAUUUAGCAUUUUUAAACCCAUUUUUUACGUUGUACACCAAAGAGAUAACUGCAAGCAACUGAAUUAUUUAAUUGAGAUAAAAAACAUCCUCACCUGUCUUGCAUCAGCUAGAAGUAGCACAGACCCCAUUAUAUUUCUUUUUCUAGAUAAAACAUUCAAGAAGACAAUAUAUAAUCUCUUUAAAAAAUCUGAUUCAACACGUAUACAAUCCUGUGGUUGACCUCUGAAUGGAAAACACCACCAAAUAUAAAAGUGUCCAUAUGAUUCUACUGGGGACACUAAAGUACAUGAUCAACAGGUUAGAGCUUGGCUGAAAGCAGGAACCAAGAAAACCUCUUUGGUUUAAAAAAUAAAUAAUCACAAAACUCACUUUACAGUUCCACUUAUAAUGAAGGUUGAGAUGGAAGAGAUCAAAUGGAGGCAAAAGUCAAGCAUACUAAAAGGAUCCCACUGUACAUGAAGCUAAGAGACAAUAUUCUAUUUAAACUCAACCAUGGAUGCUCCUACUCAGAACACAGUAUUUUGUGACUGUAGGAUAAAGAAGCAAAUGAUAUAUGACUUUUCUG